AUGACACUCUCGCCAACCUCUCAGCACCAUCAUCCACAAACAUCAGUUGAUAUCAUCAACAUUUCAACUGAUUUUGAACAACAACUCCUCCAUCUGCCUCUCCAGCGAAGUCUGAAGCUGAUCGUCACGCUCUCGAAGCCCAACUUGCAGGCUGCUACUGGUACUACAACUAGCCUGGCUCCCAAACCAUCAUCAUCCCACCCACCUCCUGUCACUACUACCACCACAACAGCAUCAGCAUCAAACUACAUGCACCAAUGCUACCUCUGCCACCAAUUUGUCUCCAGAAAAUCAACCAUCUUUUGCUGCCGUCGUUGCAUUCCAAUGCAGGUGCAAAGCGCAUCCGCUACUCUUGCUCGUCUUUUUGCUCCCCAAAGUGAUAUACCAUCUGGUUAUCAAUUUGUGUACUAUGCUACUCCUGUCCGCCGUCGUCUUUCUGAGCUGCGUCGCCUUGUUCAAGGCGUAGGAUUGAAUAACUCUCGUGUGCUGGAUAUUCAAUAUCCUGUACAGAAUGUGAUUUCUUUCCUUGUUCACAACGACUAUGUUCUCACCCUCACCAAAGCCAUGCAUCUCCAUGGUCGUGGCUCUUCUCCGUUGAUUGACUUUGAUCCAUGUGAUCCAGUCAAUCUCAAAGAUCCCAAAUUUGCUUCUCUCUCUCGUGAUCUGCGUGUCCAAAAGGCCAUUGAGGUCGAAAACCUUCGCUGCCUUCGUUCGCUGUCUUUCGUCCGUCGUUCUGUCCGUGUUUCUGUUGCUCGUUCUUUUCUUUUGUAUGAUCGCAUCAACCAAGCCCAGUUUGAUGCCAUUUUGAAAGAAGAAAUGCUUGCUCGUUCCUCCUCCUCUGCUGCUGCUAAACCACCAUCCCGAUCCUCUGAUCAAGAGCGUUUAGCCAAGAAACAACGUUUGAGUUAUCUUGGCUACCUCUUGCAUCAUGAUGCUGAAACUGCCUCUCUCUUGGCCUAUGCUGUCUCCCCCACUCUCUCUGCUACCAAGGAUCUUGAAAUGUCAGAGCCUUCUGAUAACUGA